CUCUGAAAUCCACGAGCGCGAAAAUGAAUAACUUUAGCUUGACCGCUUAUUUGCGGAAUAUCUCGCAGUCGGGCAACUCUUCUACGUUUUUUAUAACGCCGGCAGUUUUAUCGUUCAGCCUUACGGUUUUGGUGUUGUAUAUUUUUUUAUUGUUUUCUUCCCUUUCGAUUAUUACAAUGAUGGCUAAGAACUUGGAAAAGCUGACAAGUUCCCGCAUUCUGAUCCUCCAUCAGGUGAUCAUAGAGAUGCAAAUAACCUCAUUUUACUGGCCUGUAAAUGUUGUUCUCCUUCCGUUAAUCCACUUGAACUAUGUAACGGUUACCAGUACGUUUUGCCUGCAUUUUUACUAUGGUUACGUCAUCACGUUGCAAGCAUCCUGGUACGGUUUGCUGAUGUUGGCGAUCAACCGUUUUGUCGCCGUUGUUCGUCCGUUCAGUUACCGGCACUGGAUAACACGUCCCGUAAUCACCAUGCAGUUAAUCAUCCCGUGGUGUAUCGGUAUCGCUCUUUCUCUUCGGAAUCGUAUUACUGACGGUGGAUUCUUUUUCUCUGAGAAAACCCGAACUUGCUUUGUACGAACCGGACCGGGUUUCCAGAUCAGCUCGAUCUUUGGUGCAUAUUUGCCGUUGGCGCUGACUUGCGCGAUGUACAUUGCUUUAUUUGUUGGAGUCUCUGUAAACAAUCGCGCCCAGAAUGUGUCGAUACAGCCUUCUGGUGACAGUGGCACAACUGCAACACCGUCCUUGCGAACAGCUGUCGCCUCAAAUAACCCGGGCCGUAUCAAGCGAAACGAGCGUCGGAUCAAUUCGGCUAAAGGGCUGUGUGCCCUUUCUGUUAUUCAUUUUGUUGGAUUCGCCACUUCACCGAUAAUCCUGAGUAUUAUUCCGGAUGCGCAAGCACGGUAUCCCGUGGCGUGGCAGUGGAUUAUGUUGGCGUAUUAUCUUGGCUACUUAUCGACACCGAUUAUCAUCGCCUUUACCAAUGACGAUGCCCCAAAAAUUGGACGAAGGGUUCACCGUGCAUUGUGUCGCUUCUGAACUGCACCUUAAAUCGCAAGAUUCCAACGCUAUUUUUGUGGGACUAUAGCUCCA